AUGUAUUCAAAAUGCCUGACAGAGCGGCGAAUCCGACAGGGCACUGGCGGCGCGGCGGCGGGGAACGGGGUGGUGGGAAUUCUCGCCGAGACCUGCAACAUCUGGGAGCGGAGGGCGCCGCUGGCGCCUUCCCAUUGCGCGCGGCUCCUCCUCGACCGUUGCGGCGGUGUCAAGCGGAUCGUCGUCCAACCCAGCACGAAGCGCAUCCACCGCGACGCCAAGUACGCGGAGGUGGGCUGCGAGCUCUCCGACGAUCUCUCCUCCUGCGGCCUCAUUCUGGGGAUCAAGCAGCCGAAGGUGACCAGAAACAGAUCCCUCUGACCUUCCUGUUCCCUUCCUCGUCCCCGAGCUCGGUCAGAAAGAGGGGCUGAGGACGCUGCUUGUUCUGCGCAGCUGGAGACGAUCCUUCCCGACAGAGCUUACGCUUUCUUCUCUCACACCCACAAGGCGCAGACUGAGAACAUGCCCUUGCUGGACAAGGUCAGCCACCCAACCAUCCUCCCUUUCGUCUUCUCCUCUGCGGUAGUCUCAUAAAAAAAGUCAGCUCUUGACCUGAGAAGGCUUGUCAGAAUACUCGCGCGUUGAAAGAAGCAGCUUACAUGGGUUGAGCUGUGUACUUCAACGUGCAGAUCCUGGCCGAGAGAGUAACGCUGUACGACUACGAGCUGAUCGUUGGCGACAACGGGAAGAGGGUGCUUGCCUUUGGGAAGUUCGCCGGCCGAGCCGGGCUGAUAGACUUCCUCCAUGGGCUCGGUAAACGUAUGGAUUUCAGCUUCUCGCUUGCUCCUCUGUGAAUUAUAUACCAGUUCCUUCAUGACAAAACCUAUUUUUCUCAAUAGCCCAUCUUCCAGUCCACAUGUAGCGUUAAUCACGCUAGUUUUUGGUCAUUAUCAUUUGGGUUUCUGAUUUUUUUAUCAGUGUUCUUCAGAGCUGACACUGUUGUGAAUUGGCUGUGGCAUUUUGACCUUGAACAAUAUUAUUUCUCCUGUCUUUUUCAGGGUAUCUGAAUCUUGGGUAUUCCACACCUUUUCUAUCCCUGGGAUCGUCACACAUGUACCCCUCCCUCGCCGCUGCAAAGGCUGCAGUGAUCUCUGUGGGUGAAGAGAUAGCCACGACGGGGCUGCCCCCUGGGAUCUGCCCCAUAGUCUUCGUAUUCACCGGCACAGGGAAUGGUAGGAUGAUCGAAGAGUUCUCAGUCCAUCAGUGAGAAAUAUAUUCUUGAUGCAGGCCAGAAAAAAAAUAAAAUACUGUAUAUUAAUUAGUUAGGGUAAUGCAGAAUUUGCUAUCUCACCAAGAAUAUCUGAAUAUGAUGUCAAAAAUCGAAGCUCUAUCACACUAGUCAGCUGGUCUUCUCUAACUUAUUUGUUUCAUGAAUAAUGCUCUUCCUGAAAUCUCUGUGUUCCUGUUAUUUGUAGUUUCUCAGGGUGCCCAAGAGAUAUUCAAGCUCUUACCCCAUAAAUUCGUGGAUCCUCGUAAGCUCCCUGAACUUGCUGACAUGGUAAUUCUCUAUGUUUGGCCAUCGAGAGAUUCAUUUCUGAGCAGACCCGAAUGCUUUUCCGCCGCAAGGAAAUAACUGUUUUAUUGAAUAAGCUGAAAAACCAAAGUUUUCUUGAGCAGGCGCGAGAUCAGGCUCAACGUGGGCGCCUGUCAAAGAGUGUUUUUCAGGUUUAUGGCUGCACUGUGACUUGCCAACACAUGGUUGCACCCAAGGACCCUCAAAAACGUUUCGACAAGGUAUUUGAGCAAUCUAACUCUAAAGGGUUGUUUAUUUACCUGAAAUUUCUUAGUGAUACCCGAACAUAAUUCUUGCCCUUUAAAUUCAGUUCUUGUGGUCUUAUAAAUCAUAUUUGUGAUCUGAGUUAUUUUACCAGAGCUUCAGUUCUGUAAUGAGCGUAUGAUUUAUUUUUUUAAGAAAUCCUAGGAUAUAUAAGGCAGCAUUUAUUUUCCACAUAGACUUACCAUUUAUGAAGAAACAUAACUGGCUACCCCAUUUAGUUAGAGUUUUUUCAAAUUUAUUCUUGAGGUUUACACAUGCAAGACAGGUCAGAUUAUGGAUUAGUCUAGGCAUCUUCCAUGCGGUAGUUAUCUUAAAUGAAUAUUUUUCAUCAGAGUCUUGAUUCUGUCCGUGCUCUAUUGGAGAAGCACAAAGAAACAUAGCUUUCUUCUGGAGCUCUUCAUCUCGUUUUUUGGAAACCAUGUGUUGCCUUGCCUUAAACUGCAUGAUUAAAGAUAAUAGUGUAUUAUCCGCUAUGAAAUUAUGGAAGCUAAUGGUGUAUAUUUUCCUUGGAUAUGGUUUAUCAUGGCUGUCAUUAUUCCCAAUGAAGCUGCUUUCCUCGCUGCCCACCAACAGUUUUAUUAAUCUCUUAUCAAAGUUUUGUCUAUAGAUUAUCUAGCCAAACAAUCCCUGAUCCACCAUAGUUAGACUUGUGUACUAAAGAGCUUAUGUGUAAAUGUUGCAGGACGAAUAUUAUGCACACCCAAAGCGUUAUGAGCCAAUUUUUCAUAAGACAAUAGCACCAUAUGCAUCUGUCAUUGGUAAGCAGUAACAUAAUUAUUAGUUUCUUUUGACAAAUUUUCUGACGUACUUAUCAUUGUUGGAUGUUUAAUGACUUACAGACUACAACCAAACUAGUAGAAAAAUCAUAAUUAGAACCUUAGGAUUUAGUCUAUAUCUGGCUUUUAAUUUUUUCUGAGUAAAAUUAUAUGAAUGAGAAAACAACGUACCCUAUGUCACUAAAAUCAUAAAAUAUGUUUCUUCUAUGCAUUUAGUCUACAAUUAUCCCUUGGUUGUUUUGAACGACUAAAAAAUCUAGAUUUUUUUGGAAACUGUAUUAUACAGUCCUUGAUUCUCUUUUCAUGAUCUCAGUGUCAGGAUAUAGUGAUUAGAAUGAAAAAUUUUGGUCUUUGGCAGUUAAUUGCAUGUACUGGGAGAAAAGGUUUCCUCAAUUGCUCACCAACAAGCAGCUGCAUGAACUUGCAAGCAAAAAGUGCCCCCUUGUUGGCAUCUCGGACAUAACCUGCGAUAUUGGGGGUUCAAUGGAGUUUGUUAACCAAACAACUUCCAUAGAAAAGCCUUUCUUCAGGUUUGACUUCAUCACUUAGUUCAUGGCAUGGCCGAGAAAAUUUUCUGUUCUAUUCUUUUAGGGAAGAGAUGCAAAUUAACGAACAUGAGAUGAUAUGAAUGUUAAAAGAGAAGCAUGAACUGCUGCUAAUUGCUACAUAGCCCGAACCAUCAAUCAAAAAUUAUCCAUGGGGUGAGCCAAGAUAUUUUGGUGCCAUCGAAUUAUCUGACCUCGGAUGAAAAAAAUAUGCUUCUUUUAUUAAUAAAACUAUGGAAUUAUGACGGUGACGGGAUUUUGGACUCUAGUGCAUUUAGAAACUUUGUAAAAAUGACACCCUUACUUUGAACUGUGGAAGCGUAAUGGUGGUCCGAGUCAAAUUACCACGCGCAUCACCAUAUGCACAAUACAAUGAUAAAUGCAAGAGAAAGUAGCAAGUCUAUGAGAAAAAAAAAUAUGCAUUACAGCAAAAUAGAUCUACCCAGGUUAGAAAACAUAAAUGCUAAGAAAGGGAAAAAGGACGAUAUUGAUUUUACCAGAGCUGGAGAGUCUAAACUUUUCGUGUGAUUGCAAUGUGCUGUUCAUGUAUACUUCUACCCCUCCUCAUCUGCACGAAGUAGGAGUGAAUUAUCCACACUGGGUCACUGGCUCAAUAGGGGGAUCAUCUAUCACAGCAACGAAGUAUAUUGAAUUCCAUGCAUACUGUACCUAGCAGGUUCCUCUGUAUCAUAUUUAUUCACGCACUCAUUCUCCUUUUUGCCUUGUGAUUCAUAAUUCGCUCUGACAGCAUGAAACGCAUUUAACAUAAGGGUCGUGGACGCUCAUACAGGAGUUUCGGGUCCACAUCCUCAAUGCUCACUACAACGUCACUUUCUUCUCCACUUGCCAAAAGUAAAGAACAUAGUGGAAGCUGUAAACAUCAAUAUUUUCUUCUUUAUACUGUGGGGAUACUGACGUUUAAGCUGUUAGUUAAACCGAAUAUGAUGGGACAUCCUGAAUGUUUCUGUUAAUUUUUAUAAAGCUUGGCUCAAGAAAUUUGUUCAUACGAAUAACCAUGCGUAGUAAAUUUGAUACGUGACCAUUUCUUAGCCAUAUCUCUUGUUCUCCUAGGUUUAUCAAACCAUAUUUCUUAGAUAUUGUUACUUCAAUACUAAGUGGAUAAUUUUAUUUUUAUGCAUUUAUGUUAUUGAUGGAGCUUCUGCUAUUUAAAUCCAUGGGCUAUUAGUAUGGAUUUAAGGAAAUGUAAAUGGUUAUUUACUGUAUAGGGUUAUUUAUUUAUUUUAUUUUUAAUGUCAACUCUGCUCCAGAUAUAACGCCAUAACAAACUCUUACCAUGAAGAUAUGGCUGGCGAAGGUGUGAUAUGUCUGGCUGUUGAUAUUCUUCCUACUGAAUUUCCAAGGGAGGUAUGCUUCAAUUUUAUCAAUAAAACUGCUCGUGAAGAUUGCAACAUUUUCAUUUUUUAUUUUUUUAGAUUAACUAUUUUUGACUACUGAACUUAAUUUUUAAAUCCGGAUCCUUCUAGGCUUCCAAACAUUUUGGGGAUAUCUUGUCCGAAUUUGUUGGCUAUUUAGCCACAGCAAGAGACUUAUCAGAUUUGCCCUCCUCUUUGAGAAGAGCUUGCAUUUCUUAUGAAGGAAAACUGACUCAGUUGUAUGAAUAUAUACCGAGGAUGAGAACUCCAGUGUAAGCUUUUGAAUCUUGUCUAUAAUUUAUAUUUUAAUAUUUUUGAGAAAUUUUCCUCCUGCACAUCCUCCCCACACAUAACCGAGCAUAUGGCUGUUGUCAACAGAUCCAACAGUCAAUAGAAAUGACUGGAUCUCAAAUUCAAUAUCCCUAUAGAUUUUAAUAAAUGGAUUACCUUUUUCUGAUGAACUGCAUCUGAGUAGUCACAUCUAAUUUAGUAAUAGAUUUGGUUAAAGUAGCUGAUUUUUGUGACGACUUGGCUCUUUUGCAGUGUUGCUUUACCGAAACAUUCAAAUGGGAUACCUGAAAGAAAGAAUUAUACUACAAUGGUGAGCUAUUCCUUAUUUUGACACCUGUUUCAUCUUCUUCUUCUUCUUCUUCUUCUUCUUCUUCUUCUUAUUAUUAUUAUUAUUAUUAUUAUUAUUAUUAUUAUUAUUAUUAUUAUUAUUAUUAUUAUUCGUCUUCUCCAUGGAUGACUCCUAAGAAUUACACAGAGGAGCCAAGAUUUACAGUUCCCAUGCCGCCUGAUGUUUUCUUAAGUGGCUCAUUUUAUGUCUGAUUGGUUGCAAUUGGCCCUCUUGAUGCAUUAUCAUAUUCCAACUUGACAGGUUUCUCUCAGUGGUCAUUUGUUUGAUCAGUUUUUAAUAAAUGAGGCUCUGGAUAUCAUUGAAGCCGCAAGUGGGUCUUUCCGGUUGAUCAACUGUGAAGUUGGUCAAAGUACCAAUGAUGUGUCAUACUCGGAGCUGGAAGUAAGUUGAUUUUACAAAGUCAAAACUAGUUCCAUGGAGUAAUACAUAUGCAUGUUUUCCUUCUAAUUGUGAGAUUAAGUUGGGUUUCCACGAAUCUUACACUGCUCUCUCAAGAUCCCAUUUUCUUUUUGCAAGCUGUAAAUGAUUGAAGGUUCCCUUUUUCUUGGAAAUUUGUGUGAUAUGUUGGGUAUGUUUCCAUAGCUUUCGGCAUGAGUAUCCAUCCAUCGUGCUUCUACUUGCAUAUUAACAGAUCCCUUCUUUAAGGAGAACUCCCUGCUUCUCCACAUGGUCCAGCAUCGAUUGCUUGCAGAUACAUUUUUAAUAUAAUGAAACAGAUGCAAAGAAGAUUCAUAAUAUUUUGUGCACACAGUGAAAUGAUUUUCUUGUAGAAUCAAGCCAAAUGACAGCUACAAUUGGGCAGCCUACCGUGAAAGAUUACAUGUAUAGUUGACCCCCUCAGGAGCUGGUGGUGAACAAGUAACCAAAUUGAGCACAAAGAUGACGAUCAAGUCGUCGUAACCAUCGCCAUCGCCAUCGUCAUCGUCAACAGAAGCAGCGACGGCGGCGGUGGCAGCAGCAGCAGCAACAACAGAGAAACCUCAUGUUAUUCAGGCCGAUCAAGUCGAGAUUUACACUGAUGGUCGACUAGAAGAGGAGAGUACAACUGAUGAAGAUUUUCGACCACUGAGUGUCGCGAAUUCGGCCAAGGAUCAGUUCUGGGAUGAAGAAAUUUUGAAAAUUUGGAAAAUUGGUUGGGUCACCUGCUGAUCCAGUGAAGAAAUCACCAAGAUCUUUCUAAUAAAAAUAAAAAGAAAAUCGAGUUAAGUCUCUGCUUCUUAGCAUCCCGAAAGCUGGUUGAGGAACCAGAUUCUUGGAGGCCCGCAACAGUUCUUGAGAACGGGUUUGUAAGCAUGUUGAGGUCAGACAAGGGAAAGGAAUCUUGGGGGAGAGAAAUAAAAUCAAAUGAAGAUCUUGUCAAUGAAUAUCAGUUGAUUCAAUGUAGACUUACUAAGAUGCAAGAUGUGGAUGAACACCUUCUCGAGUAUAAGGGAAGAAACACUGACAAUGGAAACAUCACUUGCAGAAGGGCAUAAUGGGGAUCAUAUUGGGCAUACAGUAUCAGAUUGAUAUUUAUUGUUGGUAGAAACUCCCUUCGUUUUCUAUAUAAUCUCUAUUUUGAACUAGGCCCAAAAACAUUUGGCCUUGAGAUAUACACUUGCAUAUCAUGAAUAGGCAUAAAAACAUGGUUUUUUUAUUUUAGAAAAAACAUUGCAUAAGAGUUUCAUUCGUGAUCUUUACUGUGUAAUUGAGAAUCAGAUGUAGCAUACAUUCAUCUGAUCACUGUACACCUUAUUUAUUAGACCCUAUGCUACAGUACUCCGCAUUUCCUGGUGCUAUUUUUUCUAAGGUGUUGCUGAAGUCUCUAGCUACCAUGCUACUAAAUAUAAAUUCCGCAUAAAAACAUCACAUCUUAUAGAACUGAUCUGUUUGAUAAUGCACGCUCUUCACACCAAGCUAGAUUAUUUAAUUAUUUUUUUUGCACGUUUUAAUAUUUUUAUUUAAAUUAUUGGCUCAUAUAGGUUGGAGCUAGUGAUGCUCGCACUUUGGAUCAAAUUGUGGACUCCUUGUCUUCUAUUGCAUCUCGAAAAAGUCUGAUUUUUAAUAAAGAAAAGAACUUCGAAGGAAAGAUGUCUGCAGGUGUGGUUGAAACUGGGAAAGACUUGUCAAGGAAUCCGAAAGUCCUAAUUCUCGGUGCUGGCCGCGUUUGCCAACCAGCUGCAGUGUUUUUAGCAUCAGUUGGGAGAAUGUUCUCUGGUCAUAUGUUCAGAACAUGGCAGCAAGUCGAUGAAGAGGAACUUGAAGAUGUUCAAGUUAUUGUUGCCUCUCUUUACCUUAAAGAUGCUGAAGAGGUGAGGUCCGGGAGGUUAUCAGUGACUAGUUUUGUUUCCUCUCAAAUGUCGUUGCAUAAAUUAGAAUUGGGUAAUAUUCACUUCUUUUCGAAUGUUUUUACAGGAUAGAGAUUGUAGCUGUAUAUCCUUGCCAUGCACUUGGGUUAAUUAGUUUACAGUCACAUACCAACCACAUGCUUUCAGCCAUGUCGGAUGCCAAUUAUGUUGCCCAUCAAUACCUAAAUAUAAGUUAUAGGAUGCCAUGAACCACUGAAUCUUUGAAUGCUAGUUGUGCUUGAGGCCGUCCAAUCAAGGGCAUGCCUGCCUGGGCAUCGCUCUUCCAGUCGUUUUGCACCCCCAGCCCCUAGGGAAAGGCGGUGUGUGCAGGAGGGCUGGUGCACGGAGGAGGCAUGUCAUAUUGAAUUAUUUAAAUACUGAAAAUGUGCAUAGUUUUACUUUGCUGUUGUGACUGAUUUGAAUAUACACGUGAAGUGCAUAGUUCUCUGGUCAUAUGUUCAGAACAUGGCAUUUCAGUCCCAAGUACGUAUCUUCAGUGAAUUUGAUUGUGUAUGUGUGCCAUUUCAUCUAUUUUACGCAUAAAAAUUACUUUGAAAAGGGCAUUACUUUAGCUAGGAGGCUCUUGUACGAUGCUUCAGUUUUUCUUUUAGCUUUGGAAGCACUCACUCACCUAGAAUUAUGCAUGAAUUCAUGAGAAAAUAUUAAUAUCUAUGAGUAGAUGACAUUAUUUUUACACUUAUUUUGAUAUAGUAGAAUUUAAGAAUUAUGCUUUCUAUGCAGAUAAUUGAUGGUAUUCCAAACGCAAUAGCAGUUCAGCUUGAUGUAAUGGACGAAAAGAACCUUUCACGAUUCGUUUCAGAUGUAGGUGUCUCUCUUUAUUUCCUAUCCGGAUUGAUCUUCAGUAUUGAUAAUAAUGUUGCUUAAGAUGGUUUCUAUUUUCACUUCUAAAGAGGCCGUCAUGCCAAUUUAGCCAAUAAUUUGAAGGUGUAGGAAAGGUAUAAUCGGUACGUUGCAUAGUAAGUGCGCGAGGAUUCUAGUUUUUACCCUUACAUUCUAGAGCCACUCUUCUAAGUUUCUAACCCACCCUUCAAUUAUCAAGUACCAUCAAUCACUCCAUUGUUAACUCGUGCCACCUUUGAUUAUCUGUCUUCACCAUGCUAUUGAUUUUGGAGGGUCUUAAGUGUAACAUUGAUGAGGAUCUAGGUUAAAGGAACCCCUUCGAUUAUUAGGAAAAUGGAUCAAAAUUUCAUUUUUGAUCAGCAGUACAAAAGCUUGUUAAUUAUGGUGUAUAAUUAUUUGUGAACCUAUAUUCCUUUCACAUCUUUUCUUUCUAUAUUAGCUUUGUUUUAAAAAGAUUUCUUUUUCAUUUUCAUGGAUUUUCUUUCUCAUGGGCGUAUAUACUAUCUAUGACCUGUCAAAUCGAUCCUUAUCCUUUUUACAGUGCUUCUUCUUCAGUGACUUCAGCUACGGGAUAUCAUUGUUUUAUUUCUUAAAUGCAAUAUCUUUUGUUAAUUUUGACUCUGUUGGAUCUUUGUGAAUUAAGAUUUUGUCUCUUGUAGGUUGAUGUGGUUAUUAGUUUACUGCCAGCUAACUUCCAUCUUGCCAUUGCAAAUAAAUGUAUUGAGGUAUGUAUUUUUGGACUCUGAGAUCGCAUUAUUUUGGAUACUAUGUUGUAAAAAUGCACAUGUAUACAUUGUUAUGUUAUACUAAAAAUGUUCUGUUUUAUAUGGUGGUACCCUGCAAUUAUGAUUAAAUAUUUUCUUAAGUGCAUGAAUGUUUAACUCACUUGAGAUAGCGUUUUACCGAGUGAUCACUAUCAUUCAUACUGAACUUUCUAUUCUUCUCUCAAAACAUUAGAUAAAUAUAUGAAUAUUUUUGUACAGUAUUUUUCUAUGUUUGGAGUCAAUAAAGCUAUUAUGAACUUCGCUAAAUUUUAUCGAUAAGAACCUAUAAAAUUUUGUAGCAUAUUGUUUUAGUGUUUCAAUGCUAACUCCAUUUAAAACUGUGUUAAUAAUUAGUCAUUGCUAUAAUUGAUUUCCUAUCUCGUCAGCAAAGGGAGGAAAGAAAGGGUGGUAGACGAUAAUGUGAAAGGGCUAGCGACUGGGUAGGUGGGUGGAAUGGAUAAACAAAAUGUGCCAUAAUACAUAGCCUAAUCUAAAACAACUAGAUGCACAUCUGGGGAACGAGUGAUGAUGAAGAGUGAAGUUACUGUGAAAAAAAAGUCUUGGUUUAGUAACCAGAAAUAGAAAAGCUUUAACGGUAUUAAUUUAUCUGUCACAUCCAAAAAUAUAUGACUGAUAUACCAGAGACGUUCAUCGCUGCAUGCCUUUCCUGCAGACAAGUCAAUGGGGGAGUUGUCUCGAAGAUUUAUGCACCACAUUGUCUUCUUCAGUUAUUAUAGUAGCAACAAUGGCUUAUAAUCGGACUCUGACACUUGGUGUGUGUUUCAUUCUAUCUUGAAUUGCAUGGUAUCAUGAUCCGAAGUUUGGCAUGCGUGACAAAGGUCGUGGUGUCCACCUGAUCCAUGUAGAAAUGGUCCUAUCACACUCCGAGAGACGAAUAAAAACUGCAAAUGUUUAAUUAUGUACCUACGAAGAGCAUGUUAUUCACGACAUGUGGAACCCAAUGAUUUUGCCUCUAACUGACGUGUUGGGACUGUAGUUUUAUUUUUACUAGAGUGCCCUCAACGGAUACCCAAAAAAAUCUCAAACCAAGGUUAAGUCGUAAAAGAAAAUUUCACUCACGAGAUAGUAAACAAAAAGUUAGUAACAGUUUGCACAUUGAUUCGAAGCAUGCACUUGUUCUGUUAACGUUAUCUGUUUCAUAAAUAAUUUUCUGAUUUUAUUUUUUCUCAUGGUGGAAAUAUUAUGAAUGCAGCACAAGAAGCAUCUUGUCACUGCUAGCUAUGUUGAUGAUUCUAUGUCAAGAUUAGAUGCAAAAGCUAAAAGCGUUGGUAUAACAAUCUUGUGUGAAAUGGGCUUGGAUCCUGGCAUAGGUACUUUUACGGGCCAGAUAUUUGCAUUAUAUUCUCGAUUUUUUAGACACUAUGUGAUGUUGAAAUGAAAUGCAGGUUCAAGCUGUUACUCUGCAUGUAUGCCGUUUUUGGUCAUUAGAAAAUGUAUUCGAAGUGAAAAUGUUCUCAACACCAUAAAAGCCACAUGAAACUGUUUUAUUCAUUGUUCACGUGUGGAUAGAAUUUCCCAUUGUGCAUUAAUUAAAUGUAUAAGAUAAUUAAAUGUUUUAGAAUAUUUUUAAUUUUCACUCUUUUCAUUCCUACGUAAACCACUCUAUAUAUAGGAGUUAAAUUUUGGGUAGAUGGAAAUGAUUAACGUUGAAGAGAACCUGCUUCUGGUCUGGAUUUAACUGCCUUUUUAUAAAGCUUCUGCUGCUCCAUGUAGAUGAUCUAUGAAAGGAUUUUCAUGCUCAAUUUCACUACAGGUCUCCCCUCUGAUGUUGGAAUUAUUUGUUCACUGUUUGGUACUGUAUGACCAAAAAGAUUGUAGCAAAUGCAUCACAAACCUUACCCGAUCAAACCAUCUCACACCUUUGUUAUGCAGAUCACAUGAUGGCAAUGAAGACGAUUGAUCAAGCCCAUGCUAGAAAAGGAAAAGUUACGAAAUUUACUUCCUACUGCGGUGGGCUUCCAUCUCCAGAAGCCGCAGACAACCCAUUGGCCUACAAGUUCAGGUAUUUAUAAUCUUAACCAAGUUCAGUUUAUAUGCUCACAGGAUCUUGAUUGUAUCCACUUUCGCCUACCUUGUGAAUGUUACAUUAAGAAACGAUAUGUGCCGUGAAAGUAAAGCCUGGUGAUUUGGUUUUCCUUGGCUCUAUUUCUAUCCAUUGUAAUGAUACUGGGCCUCAAGGAAAAUGGCUCCUAGAUUCUUUCUAAAUUUCUUGUUGUGUUGAUUAGAGAACAAAGGUUGAAAUAAAAUUUCUUAUUCCUAAAAAUUACUGCAUAUCUGUCUUUAGGGAGGUUUAUUAACAAUUAUGAGCGUGCUAUCACUUCUGUUUUUAGGGAAAUCAUAGACCAAAUUUCAUUUUAUAAAAUUAGUAUAGAGGCCCCAUUAAAAGGGGUCUUUAAAAUUGUGUUAAAGAGCUGUGAACCCCUGAAAUUCAAAAUAUAUGAAUGUGUUAUAAAUUUAUAAAAAUAACCACACAAGGAUAUAGUUGACAUGUUGGAAAAAUUUGUAAAUCGGAUCGUUUUUGGGAAGAUAAAAAUACCGGAUAUUCUCAACUAAAUGCCCAUAAUCUUCACUAUUAUAUUGAUUAUUAAAGUCUAGAAUGAUGUCUGUACAGGGAAUACAACACAAGCUGGAAAAUACCAUUGAAUCUCCAGUAUUAUUUUUAAAAGGAAAAAGUUGAAACACAGGAAACCAAUCAUUUAUAAAUUAAAUGGAAAAAUAAUUAUACCAGAAACUCAAAUGAGUAUGGUAACCAGUAUGUGAUAGCAAGAUAGAAAAACAAUAAGACAACUUUAACACACGAAUGACAGCAUUAUUUAUCAUGCACACUUUCAUGGCAAUGAACCAUCCAGAAAACUCUAAUGCACGCUAGUAACCCCAACAUGUAUAUUUCUGAAACUAUACCAGUAAUGUCAUGAGUAAUGGUCCUCUCUUGAGUUUACAUAUUUGGGUCGUUUCUAAAUGACUCAUAAGAGGAAUUUAUGUACUGGUGCUUACUAUAGUUUUUGGAUUUGGGUCGUUUAUAAAUGAGUCAGGCAUGUAUCUCUGAAUGAAAAUAUUUUCUUAUGAUUUCAGCUGGAACCCAGCAGGCACAAUUAGAGCAGGACGCAAUUCUGCUACCUACAAGUGCCUUGGUGAAACUAUACAAGUGAAUGGUAAGUAUUCAAGCUUCAUCAAGUGAAUAAUGUAACAGGAAACAAAGUAGUUUCCACAAUGAGAAUUUUAUGUCACUUGUUCUUCAUAGUAUGAUAAAACCCAAAACCCUCUCUUCUUUCCAACUUCAGCUUAGGUUAUUUUCUUAACUUACAGAGAGGGAGAACCCUCUUUGUAAAAGUAUAUCAGCCCAGAGUGAGAAUAAGUGGGCUCCAUUAUUUCUCUUAUACUGUGAUCUCUCAAAGGGUUCUAAAGCUUAAAGUAAAUUUGGCUCAAUUAGAUUAAUUAAUUGCCAGUAUUUACUUUAUUUUCUCAAUGCACUGGAUCCUUGUCUGUCAUGAUAAGACUGGCUUGAGGAUUAUUGAGACAUUAACUGUUGAAAAAAUAAUUGUAUAGAUCAUUUUUCAAUUAAAAAUUUACUCUAUUACUUUGGAAAAUUAAAAUUUCAAAUCUGCAGUACACCUAAUUUUACCAUGAAUUUCCUUUAUUUUUUUAUUUAAAGUUCCAUAAAUUAAAAAUUAAUGGCACAAGGUAUUAAUUUUGCAGGGGAUGAACUUUAUGACUCAGCGGUCAGAUUCCGGGUACCUGAUCUCCCUGCAUUUGCUUUGGAGCAUCUCCCUAAUCGCAAUUCCUUAGCUUAUGGGGAUCUGUAUGGAAUUGGGGAUGAAGCAUCAACAGUCUUCAGAGCAACUCUCCGCUAUGAAGGCAUGAAAAUGACUAGCUACCAUUAUUUUUUUUUCAUUCGUUAUUUCCUUUUUAUGUAUCUCCUGUUCUUAUUAUCUCUCUGGACUCAUCUAGGAUUCAGUGAAAUCAUGGGAACCCUUGCAAAGAUAGGCUUCUUCAACUCUGAAGCUCAUCCUAUGCUGAAGGAAAGCUGUCGCCCAACAUUCCGCGCCUUUCUGAGUGAGCUUCUGAAGGCCGAUAGCAACGAGGAAUUGCCUGUGAGAGACGAGGAAAUGGCUGGGAGAAUCAUUUCCCUUGGGCACUGCACAGAAACAGUGACGGCUAUGAAGGCAGUACAAACCAUCAAGUAUGAGAUUCCUCCUCUUUUGAAAGCUGCAUCCAGAGGAUAUCACCAAAAAAAAAAUCAUAUUAAUUUCUCUGAAUUACUGUUCUCCCCGUCUCCAGAAAUGGAAAGGAGUCCCUCUCUCACCUUUAAGAAUUGACAAACGUGGCUUAACCCUUUUCCAUCAAAAUCCAUGGAUCAGGUUCUUAGGGCUUCAUGAAGAUGAGGAAAUCCCAUUGCCAUGCCAGAGCGCCUUCGACAUAUCAUGCUGGCGCAUGGAGGGGAGAUUAGCCUACUCUAGCACAGAAAAGGUUGAAAAUAUUAAAGCAGUCAUUUUUAUUUAUCCAUAUUAUCUAUGCUUGCUUGAGAUCAUGGCUGAUCGGCGUUGGGUGUCACUAACAGGACAUGGUCCUCCUCCAUCAUGAAGUGGAGCUGGAGCUUCCUGACGGCCAGCGAACAGAGAGCCAUCGGGCCACUCUGCUUGAGUUUGGCAGGACCAAAGAUGGGAAGAUGACCUCUGCCAUGGCCAUUACAGUUGGCAUCCCAAUGGCCAUCGGUGCUCUGGUACGAGCCAGCCCUUCUCCAUGGGCCUCUUACAAUUUCCUACUGCCGAUUAUAUUGCCCAAGUGUAAUCUACCUCCCGCUUUGAUCUUCCCUUCAGCUCCUGCUCAAGAACAGAGUCAAGACCACUGGCAUCUUAAGGCCCCUGGUGCCCGAAGUUUAUAUCCCUGGUAAGUAUUCAGCAAGUUUAGGCGUGGUAGCAUGGACCAUAUUGAUUUAUAUGUAUAUAUAUAAUCCUAUUUAUUUAUUUAUUAUUUAUAUUCUGAUUGGACUACUUAUUUUGCAAUUAUCUACUGCAUCCUCAGCACUAGAAAUCUUGGAAGCCUGCGGGGUCAAACUGAUGGAGAAAGUCGACAUCUUGUGCUGA